AUGCGACGCGGUGUCUUGAUCUUCCUCCUCGUCAACCUUCUCAUAGUCACCUUCCUGGUGCGCAGCGUCUUUACGCUCCUGUCGCUGCUCGUGGAAGAUGCUUCCGCCGACGCCAUCCAUCGCGCCGAGCUUCCCUCGCCGAAUUCCAGCCUGAUUGAACAACGGCCACAAAUCAUUCCCAAAAUCAUCCACCAAACUUAUAAGAACGAGACCAUUCCUGAGGUGUGGAAGGAGGCCCAGCAGAGUUGUAUUGACUUGCACCCUGACUACGAGUAUAUCCUUUGGACGAACGAGAAGUCGCGCGAUUUUAUCGCCAACGAGUAUCCCUGGUUCCUCGAGACGUUCGAUGGCUACAAGUACCCAAUCCAGCGAGCAGAUUCGAUUAGAUACUUUGUUCUGGCUCACUAUGGUGGCACUUACAUCGAUCUUGACGAUGGAUGCAACCGUCGCCUAGAUCCUCUCCUCGCAUACCCUGCUUGGGUGCGCCGCACUGUACCUACCGGUAUCUCCAACGAUGCUAUGGGAUCCGUCCCUCAGCACCCCUUCUUCCUGCGCGUGAUUGAGCUUUUGCAGUCGUAUGACCGCCAUUGGCUUCUGCCUUAUAUCACUGUCAUGUACUCCACCGGUCCGCUCUUCCUCUCGGUGAUCUGGAAAGAAUACAUGCAAACCUUCCCGAGCGAAUCGGCACGUGUGCGCAUUCUGAUGCAGGAUGAAUACAACAAGCACUCGUGGAGUUUCUUCACUCACCACGUGGGUAACAGCUGGCACGGCAAGGAUGCCCGCCUGAUCUUCUGGAUGGGUCAGCACUGGAUCUUCCUCACUGUCUGCGGGUUCCUUCUGGCGACCGUGGUCGGAUUCUCUCUCUGGUGGCUGUAUGUUCGGGUUAUGGUACUUGGUUCAAAAUACCGCUACCGCUAUGCAAAGAUCCCAUCGUUCGUGACUGGAUCUCGGUUACCUUCCCCGACGAGGAUGUCGCGCCGCAUGAUGCCUACCCUUCUUCGCCGUGUCAGCUUCAAGGAAGAUGAAGAAGCAAACGGUGUCACGGAAACUUCCUAUGAACUCUAUAGUCGCCGGGACUAA